AUGGUGUCAACCUCAUCCUCCAUGUGUUUGGAUCAGCGGUCUUCCUCCGGUCGCCCUCUAGCGACAAAACAACCAGUACAGAACGCCUGCACUGUUUUAGGCUGCAGGACAAGCGGUUUAACCUCCAAUGACUUUGGUAAACUACACGCAGGAAACCUCAGGAUCCUCAGGAACCUCAUUCUCCAGGAUGGGACGGAAUUCACCAAGGUAUGGACAAAGUCAUCCAAAUCGCUCAUCUCCUACGAAAGUGGAAGGAUAUACUUUGAGAAUUACAGAAACUGCUACAGCAGCCUGACAGCUGAACCACAAGUCUUGUAUGAGUUACCCAGAAGGUCCAAGGCUGAGAAGAUUGAGGAUUCCUUGUUAUGUCAGUGUCCUCUUGAAAAGGUGCUCUCUCAGGCCUCACAGCAGAAGCCCUUCCUGCUGGCCUUAACAGCCAAUAACUGGCUGUAUUGUCUCUCUGCAGACACAGGAGAAACACUACAAAAAGUUUACCUCUCGUCUCAUUUCAAAUUUAGAUCUCUGGACUGGGAUAUCUCACAGGAAACAUUUUAUGUUAAAUCUGUUCAUCGCAAACAGACAGCAAUAGCAAGACAGGCUGGUACUGAUAAUGUCCUCAUGCAUUUAGCCAUAUUUACCGUCUUUCCUCUUCAAGUAGUUGGACUCUUGGAGAUAAGCAAAAAAGUCUUUGGGAAGUCUGUGGUUGAUGUGCUGCUGUCUCAGGGAGUCUUGGCAGUAUCACACAGCUCAAAAUGUGUAAAGCUGUACAGCUUGGAGUACAUUGUGAAAAAAUUCAGGACUACAGAGCUGGUCCUGGGACAGCAGUGUGAUUUGUAUGGUGCGAAGGGAACAGUUGGAGAAGUGCCAUAUGGCAUUCCUGUCAACAUUCAAAUCAAAGAGUGUCCUCCUGUACUGUUCGAGAUGUCUUACUUGGACAACGGGAUCCAAAUUGGAGGCCAUCCAUGGCACUAUAUCUACACACCCAACCAUAAGAAACACAAGGGGACUCAUCACAUCUGUUCAAUCAGGGACGGUACCCUGGCAAAGAAUGGCGUGCAGGACAUGAAAUGUGACUCGCUGGAGGCAGAUUGGAUCUUUUUUCACCCUGAUGAUUCAGGAAGGAUCAUCCAUGCUGGGCCUAGCACCAUAAAUGUUCUCAAGAUAAUAGAAGGAAAAGAGGUUGACACGAACUAUGAAGUGAUCCAUGAUUUCUCCAUCAUUACUUCUCGAGACAGAAGUGCCACCUCAAAAGUGACAGUGACCUCCUCUGGUCGUACUGUUAAGAGAAGAUUUCAGCAACUGGAUGAUGAUCCUGAACAAGAGACAUUUAAGAUGGCUAAGUAUGAAGAUGAGCUUGAUUUGUUGGCCAUUGUGGAUGUAAGUCCUACUGCAGAGGAUGUGGGACAGGCUAGUGUUCGACUUUAUGACAACAAAAGUGGAGGAUUGAUGAAGAGAAUUACCCUUAAUGAGCCAUGGGAUGUAACCUACAGUCAUGAAGUCUACCUUGACAGAGACACAGUUAUUCACAUUGAGCAAGAGAGGAAUAACAGCUUCUGUUGCCAUGUUUAUAAGAUGAACCGAAAGUCUAGUUGACCAGGCCACAUGCCACUUUUUUAGAUGUUACCUAGAUCUUAGAAAUUAUUUUUGUAUUUAUUUUUAUUUUCAUUUUGCAGAAUUUUAAAGACCACAUGCCUUAAUGUUUUAUUAAAACUGAAUUAAACGUUGAAUUUCUGAUA